AUGCGAUUGUUGGCCACGGGCCGUGCCCUUCGUGCUAGCAGUGGCAGAUGGUCCAUUGCGGCCCCUCGUCACAGCAUACUGCCGUUGGUACAUCGUCCAGAGAACUGGCUAACCCCACGGAGGGGCUGGAGCUCUACAGUUGCUCGCAGGACGGAGGAAAAUGCAGACGCCGCCAUGAUCGCCGGAUUGAACCACGGAAAAAAGCAGAAUCAGCAAAAGGAUGCCCUCACGAUCGAAGGACAGUCGUACAAGACAGACGAGUGGACGAACGCGCGAGAAACGAUUCUGUCCCACGUUGGCCGCCAACUUUAUCUUGACGAGAACCACCCUCUUGCCAUUACACGGAAACUCAUUGAGAGUCAAUUCCCCAAUCCUAUCUACGGUAACUAUGCCGAAACGAACCCGGUUGUCUCGACGAAGGACAACUUCGAUAUCCUAGGCUUCCCUUCGGAUCAUCCCGGCCGCAGCCGCACCGAUACCUACUACAUCAACGAAACGACCCUUCUGAGAACACAUACCAGUGCGCAUCAGCAAGCAUAUUUCCAGCAGAUUAACCGCAAUGAGAGCACUCGUCCGGAGGAGCGUGGGUAUACUGUGGUUGCGGAUGUGUAUCGGAGAGAUGCGAUUGAUCGCAGCCACUACCCCGUGUUCCACCAGAUGGAGGGUGCUAUGCUUUGGAAACGUCCUGAUCAGGAGUCGUUGAAUCGUUCAAGUGAGACAGCUGCAGCUAUCAUGGAGGAUCUCAAGCGCAUCCCCACGCACGAUGUCGUUGUCGAGGACCCCAACCCCACUGUCCAUGCUGAACGGAAUCCCCUCCAAGCGGAACACCACACUCAAGAGGAGGUGGAGGCCAUUGCUGCGCAUCUCAAACGGUCGUUGGAGAAGAUGGUCAUCAAGAUCUUCACCGAGGCCAGCAAGGCAGCAGCUGCCCAUGCAGGUGGUGCCGCUGAGACGGAGCCGUUGAAGGUCCGGUGGGUGGAGGCAUAUUUCCCAUUCACCAGCCCAUCUUGGGAGCUAGAAGUCUUCUGGCAGGGUGACUGGCUCGAGAUCCUAGGUUGCGGAGUUAUCAAGCAGGACCUCCUGAUCAACUCAGACGUACCCAACCGCGUCGGAUGGGCGUUUGGUCUUGGCCUAGAGCGUAUCGCCAUGCUCCUUUUCAACAUUCCUGACAUCCGUCUCUUCUGGUCCCGCGAUCCACGAUUCCUCUCCCAGUUCAAAGAAGGCAAAAUCACCCGCUUCGAGCCUUUUUCCAAGCACCCAGCAUGCUACAAAGACGUUGCCUUCUGGCUUCCCUCUGCCACAUCGACUGCAUCAGCAGCGGGUGGCACCGUCCCAUUCCACGAGAACGAUGUCAUGGAAAUCGUCCGUGAAAUUGGCGGUGAUCUGGUCGAAGACGUUACGCUCAUCGACGAGUUUACGCACCCUAAGAAGCGCAGAACGAGCAUGUGCUACCGCAUCAAUUACCGGAGUCUGGAGCGCACGCUGACGAAUGAAAAAACUAAUGAUUUGCAUGAGAAAGUGCGGGAGAGGCUGGUUAAGCAGCUUGGGGUUGAACUGCGGUGA